GCAAUCGCGUAGCUUCCAUACCAGUUUUGCGGUAUAUAAAUUCUUCUCUCUCACCAAUCCUACUCUCUCAUUUAUACAUUCAAGAAACUCUUUGAUCAUCAUAAAGUUUCAUUACCAUCGAAUAUCAUCACCCAAUCUUUCGAACAAGACAACAUCAGAAUCAAUCUACAAGCAAAGACAAGACUACUUUUAUAAUGGCUCCAUCAGCGAUCGAUCCUCGAGAGGAGCAGAAAAGAACCGUUAUGAGCGCACGAAUUCGAACCAACGGCAUUACCAAAAACACAGCAACCAAACCGAAGAUGAAUAAAGCCACAGAAGAUUUAGUUAGGCCAAUGGAAGGAUUGGUCUUAGAGAAGACCGUCGACUCAUCGUCGACAACAGAAACCAUGAAUGUCACGGUCGAAUCAAAGGACACAGACAUGAACACAGUUUACAACGAAGUAUUCUCCAACCUUCGCGGUCAUUUCCAGAAACCAGACAUUGUCAAACCUGACGUCGGCAAGUCUGAUAUCACAAAAACUGUUGUUGAGAAUAAAGUUCCAAAGAAGAAAAUCAUUGAUCAGGAUGAAGACGCAGCUUACGAUAUGAUCAAAGCUCAUUUUCGUUCUAUGGGCUCAGGAGGAAAGAAGGGGGGCGCUAAUAAAUGGAGCUUUUUAAUCUAAUCAAGAAUCUAUGGUGAGAAGAAACGUUUCAAGUAUUACAAUGGAUAAAAUAUCAAUUGAGAAUAAGCAUAUUGGUAAUAUCUCCUGGGGAGAUUUGUGAGAGAGAUUAGCGACGCGAGAAUAUCACCG